AGUCAAAUUUUGGCAGUAGGAGGAACACUAUAAAUUCGCGUCGGAUUCCGACUAGACUUCACAUCAGUCUUCUUCCUUGAACGAGUGUAGCUGUACGCGCCUUCAUCUUCAACAUGAAAACAAUCAUCGCUCUCUGCGCCCUCGUGGCCGUCGCCCUCGCGGCACCUCCUUACGAUUAUAGCCAGACGGUCGUGGUGAAGGAGACACCGUCGGACAACAUCGGUCUCGAUGGAUACCAGUUCGGCUACGAGCUCUCCGAUGGCCAGUCCCAUCAGGAAUCCGCCAAGGUGGUGAACCCCGGCCAAGAGAACCAGAGCCUCGAAGUGCGCGGUAGCUUCACCUACGUCGACCCGGAGACCAACGUCAAGUAUACCGUCAACUACGUUGCCGACGAGAACGGCUUCCGUCCCGAGGGAGCGCAUCUGCCAACUGUCUAAGUUCAUUAACCACCUCGACGAGGUGCUAGAUACGAAAAAUGGCCAGCUCUGAUAAUACAUUUUUACCUGCAUAAUCAGCUUAUAAUUCAGCAUUAAAUUGAUUAUUAUUAUUGUACAGAUGCUUCGUGGAUAAGCAUGCUUAUUUACAAUGCUAUAAAUUGUAAAAUUAAUAUUGUAUUAUAAGCUAAUUGUCGAAAUUCUAGCCGAUCUUUAAUAAUAUUUUGUUGAUAAAUAUGAAAUCCACAAAUAGCGCUUCACAAUAUAUAAUUUGUUAAGUAAAAACGUGAUCGAGUUAAUUUAUAAAAAAAAUUUAUUUAAAAAGUUUUCAAACACAUAUAUACAUUCUACUUGAGGAUGACUAUUUUUUUAAGGAAAAUUUGUUUAAAUAAAUUUUUUUAUAAAUUAAUCCAAUCAUGCUCUUGUUUAACAAACUGUAGGUUUAAUCGGCUUUAUUUGGACUGUGCAGCUACGCGUUUGGAAAAUUAAAUUCUAGCAACACCGAUUCCAUCGCAGCAACACAUUCUGUCGAUCUCAGUUAAUACAAAUUUUAUUAAAGACACGUGUAAAUAUUAAAUUUCUUUACCUAACAA